UUUGUCCCUGCCUACUUGCCCCUUUCUAGGAUACCUUUCAACUCUCUCUCUCUCUCUCUCUCUCUGUCUCUCCCCACACACGCACUAUAAAUGCUGUCACUGAGGACCCUUCCUGUCCGCAGCUCCAAAUGACUCUCAAACCAGAAUCCCAAAGCCAUGCCCGUACCCGAACUCGAACCCGGAUCCGUACUUGUCGCCUCUCCCCGUGUUACCGCCACCCUGAUGAACCGGUCACUGGCAUCUGCGCUUCUUGCCUUCGUGAACGACUCUCCGGUCUGGAUUCAUCAGCCGCCGACAUUGCCGUCUCCUUCUCGCCGGAGCUCCGCCGAUGUAGGUCGGUCUCCACUUCAAAAUGUGAAGCUUCCUGUUCCCGUAGCAGCUUCACCGAGCAGCGUCGCAAGUCAUGCGACGUCAGGUCGGAUCGGAACUCCCUGGCUCAUCUGUUCGACGAUGAUGAUGAAAAGAAUGGAUCUGGUGGAUGCUCCAAAGUUGAAUCGAGGAAUUUGGGGCUUUCGAGACUCACUUAUACGGUGAUUGAGUCAAGUGAAGAAAAUAGAAUUAGUGAAGAAAUUAGGGUUUCUCGUAAUGCAUUGAUGGCUGUAGAUGUGAAUGCUAUUGACGAUGAGGAGGAGGUUGAGGAAGGAGAAUUCAAGACAAUGAAGGAAUACAUAGAUCUUGAAUUUCAGAAUAAAAAUAAUAAAUCUAAGGAUUUGAAAGGGAUUGCUGGAAAUAUAUUGGGCGCUGCUUCUGUUUUCACCAAGAAAUUGCGGAAAUGGAGACAAAAGAGUCAGAUGAAGAAGUCCAAUAAUAGUAUCAACUGUGAAACUGCGGAUAGCCAUUGUUGUAAUGAUGUGGUUUCGAACAGGGAAAAGUCGAGGGAAACUCAAACCGAUAUUGGGAGGAGAAGAUCUUGUGACACAGAGCCAAGGUAUUCGGUUGAUGCAGGUAGGAUUUCAUUUGAUGAGCCUCGGGCUUCCUGGGACGGGUACAUGAUUGCAAGGACUAUUCCAAGGCUUGCACCGAUGUUUUCUGUUGUUGAGAAUGGGAUAUUGGGUAAUGCCAAUAGAUUUGAGAAUCAAAGGUUGUCGGUUGAUGGGCCAAUGCAUUCUAUAAUGGAAGACGAGACUAGCUCUGGUGGAUCAGGUAACUCUAAUUCAGAUUCUUCUUCCAUGAUGCGUAGUAGUUUUGAUAGGUCGAGCUCUGUCAGGAGUUUAGGGAAAAAAACAAUGGCUUCAGAGGAUCAAGGGGUAUCUCCGGCAAACUUGAAGUUGGUAAUCACGGAGAGGGAAUUGAAAGAUUGGCAUAUGAAUUCCGUUAAAGAUGAUGACUUGGAGAAGGUUGCAUCCAUUUCUAAAAGAACUGCUGCUAUUGAAAAUGUUGGUAACAUGAAUGUACCUAAGAAUGUUAGAUGGCACAGAGUACGUAAUGUCAUUAAUUUCAAACACAAGAAGUGCGAAGAUAAGUGUGAAAGUUUCCCAAGAAAUGUAAUUGACAGCUCAAUUGAUGUCCCCAAGCAAGGGGAGGAGGCCAGAGGAGAAGUAAAACAAGUGUCAGGUCCGAAGCUUGCACGCAGUAGUAGUGUUGUCGGUUCAAGGAAUUCAUAUGAAAUCCCGGGAUCAAGUUAUGGUAGAAGGAAUAUUGAUAACAGCGGUCUAUGCUUUCAAGGGAAGGGAAGAAUUUAUGCUGGGGAGAAACACUAGUGCCAAAUUUUCGUCAAUGGAUCUUGACAAUGACAUGGUGCCAUUCUAUGUGACACCAUUGAGGAGUUUGAAGAGCAGAAAGGGUGGAAAAUUCAAGCUGUAGAACUCAAAUAUAAUCACUCGAAAUGUUCUGCAGUUGAAUUGAACUCAAGGUUUAUGCUAGAGAGAAACACGAGAGCCAAAUAUUUGGCAAUGGAUCUUGACAAUGGCAUGGUGCCAUUCUAUAUGACACCAUUGAGGAGUUCGAAGAGCAUAAAGGGUGGAAAUCUCAAGCUGUGAACUCAAAUAUAAUCACUGGGAAUGUUCUGCAGUUGAAGUGAACUGAAGGUGAACAAUUCUUCUCUGCAAAAUUAUUAGGCUAUACUUGUAACGAAUUUUCAAAUCUAGUACCUUAAUCACAUGUAGUUUUUAUAUCUUUUAGCCUUAUCUGUAACACAGUAAUAAUAGUUUCAAAUAUUCUUUCUUUGUUUGAAGGCCUCUUGUAUUGAAUCUUUUUUCGUCUGUACAACAAUAUUAUUUCGUGUAUAAUGGUUCAGGCCUAAGCCAGAUUGUGAA